AUGGCUGCGUUCGGUAUCUCAUUUCCUAAACUUACUUUAUGUCGAACACCAACAUCGAAAGCUGAUACUAGUACUAUUUCAACAACACCGACAGCAAUAACAACACCGACAGCAACAACAACACCGACAACAACAACAACAACACCAACACCAACGACUGGUGCUCGAACUCUUUCUCUUUCAAUUAAAAAUAUACCAAGUCAAUCACUUCAUUAUGAUAUUUCAACAACAACAAUAAAAAAGAAAGCAACAUCAUUUGCUACAAUUCUUGCUAUUGAUGGUGAGACUAAACAGUUGCCGAAAACUUUAUCUGUUUUCAAUGAACUUCAACUUGAUGAUGAUGAUAAAAAAUCUGGAAACAUUGAUGAAAACAGAAGACGAGAAGAAAAUUCAAGUAAUAUUAUUGUUCCCUCAUCAUUAUCUUCUUUGGAUACUAUUGAUUAUCGUUCUGAUAUUCGAUUUCUUGCUAAUACUGAUUCAAAAAAAUUCUUACAUGAUUCUAAAAAUAAAGAAAAAAAUUUAAUACAAGAACAACGAUCAAAUCAUACAUUUACAUCACCAACAUCAAGUUUAAGUAAUGAAUCAUCAUCAAAUGAUUUACAUUUAACAUUAUCAACAAUAUCAGUCGAUUUACCUCAACUUAAAUAUGCUAUUGAAAAAUUUCUUGCCGAUGAUGAUGAUGAUCCAGUUUAUCAAAUAGCUGAAGAAUUUUCAUCUGUUUAUUCUCUUUAUCAUCAAGAUUACAAUGGAAAUGCUCAUAAAUCAAAUGAAACAACAUUGAAUAUACAACAUCAUCAACACGAUAAAAUUGAUAGUAUAGAAUUUAAUCUAAUGUAUAAGACAAAUACCAAUGAUGAAAUAUUAUCUCAUCCUCCAUCGAUAUCAAAUAAUAUGAAAUGGUAUGUAAGUGAAUUACGAAUCAAUCGACCAUUAAUUUAUUGUACACAAUGGACCAAUGGACAACAACGAGGAAACAAUCGAAAAUUAAGUCAUUCAGCACAUGAUCUUAAACAAUUUUAUAAUACUAUAAAUUGUUCAGAAAAUGACAAAUAUACAACAGCAAUAAGUAAUACAGAUGAUAUUACUUAUUCGACUUUAUCAUUAGACUAUUUAAAUAAUCAACAACAACAACAACGUCGCCAUCAAUCUGAUGAUAAUAUUCUUCUUAAUAAUCGUUUAUCAUAUACAGACGAUGACGAUGAUCUUAAUAAUUUACAUAGUGAUGAAGAUGAUCAACAUUUAUCACCAUUAAUUAUUCAAAGAACAUUAAAUCGAUCACUUGGUAAAGAUGAUACAUUAAUUAGAAAUGAAUCCGUUAAAAAGAAAUUAUUUGAUAUAUUAAAUGAUGAUGAACUUGAAAAUGCAUGUCUUGAAGAUAUGAGUCAAGAAUUUGAAAAACUGUCUCUCACUCAUCAUCAUCAUCGUGAUCUUUCAAUAAUUAAUUCAUUUUCAUCAUCAUCUGAUGAUGUUGUCUAUUCGUCAUCUCCAAAUGAAUUUCAUUUACCAUAUUCUCCACCAGUUCUACUACUUUCAUCUUCUUAUAAUGAAAAUCUUUCAACAAAUAUAAAUAAUACUACAGAAUGUUAUUUCAGUCGAUCACGUUUAACUACUACAAGUCUCGAUAAAAUUCCAAUCAAUCACAAUGCAUAUGAUCAUAGAUUUUCAUCAUAUCAUUCACGUCCAUCAUAUGAAAAAACUGUACCAUCAUGGUCUACAUCACCAUUACCGCAAUGGCGUACAGAUGAUCAACUGUCGAUGGUAUCAGUAUUAAAAAAACAUUCAUCUAAAAAUGAUGAUUAUCUAAAUGGUAUCGAUACUAUUGAUCCUAAUCGAUUAUUAAGAACAAAAGUUACUGAGUAUGGCGUUAAAAAGAAUAAAUAUAGAGAAAAGUAUAAUCAUCAUCAUCAUCAUCAUCGGAAAGAACAAAAGCAUGUAAGCUAUUCAUUAUUGAAUACAUCGACACCAUUAGUCGAUGAUUCUACGACAAUUCUACCUAUUAUUCAAGAUACAUCAUCAAAUAUUCUUAUGUUUAUUUAG